AUUCAUCGAGUGUUAGUUUGUGUUUUGACUUACUGCGCUUCAGUUCACGGAAAGAACGAAUUUUUAUUAAUUUAGCCACAAAAACCGACCGGACUGACCUUUUUGAAUUUUUGAUAUAUUUAUUUACCUUUAACCAUGGAUGACGGUGAUUAUGAUAAUGAAGAUGUUGCUGCCGACGAUUUCGAUGAUGUUGAAGACGAUGACAAUAUUGAUGAUUUGAAUCAGGAAGAAGAAGCCGAAAAUUUUGAAAUCAUUGCACCAGGACAACAAGGUGGCGGUGUACCGAAAAACAAACGAAUUACAACCAGAUACAUGACCAAAUAUGAACGAGCUCGGGUGUUGGGAACGCGCGCAUUACAAAUCGCAAUGUGUGCACCGAUUAUGGUUGAAUUAGAAAACGAAACCGAUCCCCUGCAAAUUGCCAUGAAAGAGCUAAAACAGCGCAAAAUUCCAAUUAUCAUUCGUCGUUACUUGCCAGACCAUUCGUAUGAAGACUGGAGCAUCGAUGAACUUAUUAUAAUCGACACAUAAGAUCCAUAGACUGUAAACUAAACUAUAAUUCUAAUCUUUUGGCAAAUAAAUAAGAGAACAAUUUAAAAAAUGGUCUUGUA